GAGCACUGCAACAGCGAAGCCUCCCAUCCCGGCGAGCCAGCGAAUGCGCCGCGAUGGGGCUGCGCGGAGCAAACUGAAUGUCUCUCCGGCUCCGAGAGGGAGGCGGGACUGCGGGUUGGAUGCAGGCUCCGCUGUCUCCCAGGGUCACUCAGUAAACGCGGAGUUGGGGCUCUGCUGGAGUCACUUGGGCAGCUGCAAGGGAGGAGAUGGACUGACAGGGUGAAAGGAAGGGAAGGAAGGUGGGAAGAAGCUGGAAUUCCGAGGAAGGCAACGCUAAGCUCUCCCAAACGCAGACCAGAAACCGCACUUUUCCUCUGCUGAUGGUUUGCACAGCAGAUUUUUUCCUUGCAAGCCACCCUGUGUCUUUAUGUGCGUACGCGUCUCCUGGAAGGAUUUGACCAGAGAGAGAGAGAGAGAGUCUGCUGCUGCUCAUUUCAAGAAAUCCUCCCACCACUAGCCUAUCAACAGUGCUAUUGGGUUCCCCCCCCUUUUUUUUUGCAAAAACAGAAAACAAGAUACUUCACCAUGCUGCAGUGUUCCCUGGUCUUUUGCAAGCAAAGGUGCACCAAAGGAAAGUAAACUAAAAGCAAGACCCCGCCCCAGCCGGUGGGGGUUGGAGGGGCUUUGGUGGAUUUAAAAUUUAAAAUUAAAAAAACCAAAACUUGCCGAAAUCUGGACUUGGAGGCGGCCGGAGCAGGAAGAUUUGCCGGCACUGCAAGUGUCCCCAGGCAGAGCACUUUGAAAGAGUGAUGCCUUUGGAAAUGGAGAAGACCGUCACCAAGCUGAUGUUUGACUUCCAGCGGAAUUCGACUUCGGAUGAUGACUCAGGUUGUGCCUUGGAAGAAUAUGCUUGGGUUCCUCCAGGGCUGAAGCCGGAACAGGUUCAUCAGUACUACAGCUGCCUCCCAGAAGACAAAGUGCCCUACGUGAACAGCCCAGGGGAGAAAGCCCGUAUCAAACAGCUCCUUCACCAGCUGCCGCCACACGACAAUGAGGUACGAUAUUGCAACUCACUGGAUGAAGAGGAGAAGAGAGAACUCAAACUCUUCAGCAAUCAGAGGAAAAGGGAGAACCUGGGCAGAGGCAAUGUUCGACCCUUUCCAGUCACCAUGACUGGCGCCAUUUGUGAGCAGUGUGGAGGCCAAAUCAAUGGAGGAGACAUAGCCGUCUUUGCAUCGAGGGCAGGUCAUGGAGUUUGCUGGCAUCCGCCAUGCUUUAUAUGCAGCGUCUGCAACGAGCUGCUGGUAGAUCUCAUCUAUUUCUAUCAAGAUGGGAAGAUUUAUUGUGGCCGGCACCACGCGGAAUGCCUCAAGCCUCGAUGUGCGGCAUGUGAUGAGAUUAUCUUCGCUGACGAGUGCACAGAGGCUGAGGGAAGGCACUGGCACAUGAAGCACUUUUGCUGUUUUGAAUGUGAAAAGGUGCUGGGCGGGCAGCGGUACAUCAUGAAGGAAGGGCGGCCAUAUUGCUGCAACUGUUUUGAAUCCUUAUACGCGGAGUAUUGCGAUACCUGCGCCCAGCACAUUGGCAUUGAUCAGGGUCAGAUGACGUAUGACGGCCAGCACUGGCAUGCCACGGAGACCUGCUUUUGCUGCGCACAGUGCAAGAAGUCUCUGCUCGGGCGACCAUUCCUGCCGAAGCAAGGGCAGAUUUUCUGUUCGAGGGCGUGCAGCAUGGGCGAUGACCCCAACGGCUCGGAUUCGUCAGACUCCGCCUUCCAGAGCGCCAGAGCCAAAGAGUCACGGCGUAGCGCCAAGAUCGGCAAGAACAGGAACAAAGGAGAAGAGGGAGCCCCCAGCCAGGGCAGCAGCCAGCUGCAGGUGACCUCCAGCAGGCUGUCUACGGACGUGGACCCCCUCUCCUUGCAGAUGGACUUGCUGAGCUUGUCCAGCCAAACGCCCAGCCUCAACAGGGACCACGUAUGGAGGAGCAGAGACGAAGCCUACCACUACGGGAAUAAAAUGGAGCAGAGUCAGUCACAAAGCCCUCUGCAGCUCCUCAGCCAGUGUAACAUCAGGACUUCCUACAACCCAGGGCAGAGCCCAAGCAGCCAGCAGGAGCUGUGGGGCAAACAUUUCAGCAACCCAAAGAGGAGCUCCUCCCUGGCCAUGAAGGGACACGGCGGCAGCUUCAUCCAAGAAUGCCGGGAAGAUUAUUACUCAGGAAGGCUACGCUCGCAGGAGAGUUACAGUGACAUGUCCAACCAGAGCUUCGGCGACACCAGGGGGAGUUACAAGGUCUCCAAGUAUAACCAGGAGGAAGACAGCAGUCGGUCUGCACAGCAGUGCCGGACCAGGCAUCCAAUCAACGCACUGAAGUUCACCGAGGAACUGGCGCCCACAGAACAAACGCCACGGGGUUCGAUGGAGUCCCUCGCUCUUUCCAAUGCCACAGGACUCUCUGCGGAUGGUGGGGCCAAGCGGCAAGAGCAUCUCUCUCGAUUUUCCAUGCCUGAUCUAAGCAAAGAUUCUGGGAUGAAUGUCUCAGAGAAGCUGAGCAACAUGGGGACCCUGAAUUCCUCUGUCCAGUUCAGGAGUGCCGAGUCUGUUCGGAGCCUACUCUCCGCUCAACAGUACCAAGAUAUGGAAGCCAACCUGCACGACCUCACUAACCCCAUUGGGUACAGGGACACACCAUCCCGUGGAAGGAUGCACCAGAGCUUUGACUAUGAUGGUGGGAUGCCAGGGAACAAGCUGGCUGGGCAAGAAGGUGCCCGGCAUCCCCCCAUGAGCGAGCGCACUCCGAGACGAACUAACCUCCGAGAUGACGACCGGCGGUAUCGCCCCCACAGGCCGCGGCGGUCAAGGCGCUCCCGCUCAGAUAACGCCCUUCACCUCGCCAGCGAGCAGAGCUACAAGUUGAAAGAAAGGCCCUCUCUGCGAGCCAGGGAAGACUACGAUCAGUUCUUGCAGCAGAGAAGUUGCCGAGAGACCGCAGAGCAGGGCGCACGAAGAAAUCUGUAUGGCCAGUGUCCAAGGACCGUGUCUGACCUUGCUUUGCAGAACCACUUUAGCGAGAGGUGGGGACCCUACUUUGCUGAAUACGACUGGUGCUCGACCUGCUCCUCCUCCUCCGAAUCUGACAACGAAGGCUACUUCCUUGGGGAACCAAUCCCGCAACCCAGCCGCCUCCAGUACGUCACCGGCGAAGAGCUCCUUCACAAAUACGGCUCCUACAGCAUGCCUAAGUCUUCCACGCUAGGUGGUCGAGGACAGUUACACAGCCGGAAAAGGCAAAAGAGCAAAAACUGCAUCAUAGCAUAACCACGUUGCCCAAGCACAGUGUUGGAGAAUGUAACUACUUCAUCAACUUGCACUGUUGUAGGUCUUAAAAGUGCUUUUUAUUGUAACGGAAAUACCUGGCGAGCGGGGAGCUGUAAGAAGGAGGUCAUAGACAAGGGUCUAUAAAUAGUCAUAAUCGUUGGCAUGGUGAAUAUGUUUUGCACAUUUUAUUUUGGGCAUGGAGGGAGGGAUAAAAUUUAUUUUAGCAUGUAAUCGUCACAAAUUUACCUCCUUCCCACAAGUAGCUGCCACCCACUUAAUACACAGUUCACCCUCAUCUUUUAAGUUGCCAUUGUUUUCUAUAACCAGCAGUUAGCUUCUAGUUAAUUUUUUUUCUCUCUCUCUUCUCUCUCUUGUUUUUCAUUUUCAUCACCUGCUUUUGGCCAUUCUCCUGCCAGAUUGUGUAAGUUAUUUCCAUUAUUGUUCUGUAAAUGCAAAGAAAAUGAGAGUUUGGAGAAAAAUAUUUUUGUAUUUUGUAAUAUCAGAGGAAUUUCUGUAUCUUAGGAGUCCCUGGGAAACUCGUGUGUAUCCAUCAUGCUUUUCAGCUAGAGCUAAACGAACAGAGCUUCAGAACCCUUUAUCUUUUGCCAUCAGAUUUUUUUUUCUGGAUCAGCAAGGCUUUCCUUUCUGCACCUGCUUUAAAAGCAAAAGAGCCUCUUCUAAAUACAUUAGCUCUUGCGGAGGCCUACUGGGUUGCUUUUAAAAAAUAGUAAUAAUAAUAAUGAUAAUAAUAAUCUACUAACACUUGCAUUUUAUGUUAUUCUGUAAAACAAAUACAGGCGUCUGUUACCGAAACAAAAUAAAAAAAAAUAUGUUGCUGUUUUUCCAACUACAUUUAAGAAAAACCCAUAACCACCAAAUGUUUGGAAAAGAACCCAGGUCUAAGAAGGAAGUUUACAUCUAUUUGGAGAGGGCUGGAGUCGCUAAAAAAAAAAUUCAGCUACUUUUGGGAGGAUAGACCGAAACAGUUGUAAAUGGUGCAGUUGUGUGGUGUCAGCAUGAAGUUGUUUUGAGUAUAGAAUUGUUUUCUGGUGCUCUAGUUUCCUGGCAUAUGUAAACUGCUGUUCAUUACCAAGAGGUAUCUUCAACACUGCCUUCUUCUGAAAUUCAUAAUGAAACGAAUACAUCCUAAUCAUGUCAGACGUAAAGCCUACCCUUGGGAGAUAAACACUUCAAACCCAUUACGAAGGCAGUUUGAAAGGCCUAUCCUCAGGGUAGAAUGGAGUCCAUUCUUUGGAAGUAGAACAAAGCAACAACCGCUUCAACAUGGUAGUUAUAUACAUAGGGCUCAAAGUGUAUUGUGUGCUAUGGUGGAUGUGAUUUUUUUCUCUGUAUGCUUUAAACAAUUGGGAGAUUGACACCCAGACGUGUUCUAUAUUGUUUUCAGAUGAGACAGCGGGAAAGAAGGAAAUUCUUUUUUUCUUCCCCCCCCCCUUUUGGUUGUUGUACUUUUUACUAUAGGGCUGUAAAACGGGUUUCAGUAGACCCCCCAGCUAAAUAGGAUCUUGCCAGCUUACAACACCUGUGGAGAACUGGAUGGCUCUGUUAGAACAAGAGUCAAUGGGAUGGCAAAACCCAAAUUGGUGUGAGUGGAAUGGGGCAGACAAGCAAGCAGACAGGGGUGGGAGCCCUGACUCUCCAGCUGGACCUAAGAAAUCGGGUCUUUGGGCUUGCUCCAGCUCCACUGUAGAACAGGCCUUGGAUCAAUGUACUUGUAAUGCUGAGGGAACAGAUGGCCUUGCCUAUUGGAAAGCAGUGACUUGGAAGGAAAUCUCAGAUGCGGAUGUAUCCAUAGCACAGCUAAGAAUCUUUCUGUUGUGCAUAAGGAGAAUGUGAUAAUUAUGGUUUUUUUUUCCAAAAAAAAAUAAAGAAAGAAAACGAAAGAAGGUGAUGUAUAAAAAGAAAGACUUUCUUGGCUUCGGUGAUUGAACAUAUUGGCCCAAACUGAAAAUAUAUUGGUGUUUUUUUUUUACAGGAGAUUCUAUUCGCUGUCAUCUCAUUAGGGGGUAUAUAUUUAUUUCCUUUUGACUCAUUUUAUGCUUAGUGGAAUAGAAUCCACAGUGUCUAUUCUGAUGUGCCCCAUUAACAGCUCACAAGAACACAGUUCCCAAUGCAUUUCAAUGCAGCUUAAGCACACAAAGCUGUCCAUGACAUAUAAGAGGGCAAGGGAACUUGUGUGGGCUGCAGGUUCACCCCAUAACCCCUGGAUCUUGGGAAUGCCCGUACGGUCUGCAAUAAACAUUUGACUUACACUCACAGGUGGACACAUGCUGCAAUUUCCCAUUUCGUCUAUCACACAUUGUUGACUAGCCAUGGUUUGUACAAACUGACACUUCCUGUGUUGUUUUUUUCACUUCUUGGGCAGAACCACGAUGACCAUGCUAACAACAUUAAAUGGAUUAGAAAUGGUAGACAUAAACGGGAAAUUUAGAGGGGGGGAAAACCUAGAUAUGGUUUACUAACUGUAUGAGCAUGAUUCAUUUAUGCCAGGGUGGACCCUGUGGCCCUACAGACAUUGGUGGACCCCCAGGUCUCAUUUUCCCUGACCCUUGGGCAUCCUGGCUGAGGCUGAAAAGGGUUGGCAGUCCAAUGACACCUGAAGAACCACCCCUGAUUUAUGCCCUGGUCAAAUCAGUUCUUAAGUUUGCAUUAAGGCAUCAAAAAGUUGGCAUAUUACAUAUUAGGCCCAAAGCAACUAUUGUGACUGAACCUCCUGGAAAGCAAUGAUACUAGUACAGUGGUACCUCUACUUAUGAAUUUAAUGCGUUCCGAAUGCACAUUUGUAAGUCGAAAAAAAUUGUAAGUCGAAUCCCAUAGGAAUUCAUUGGGAGAAAAAAUUCGUAAGUAGAAGCAACCCUAUCUAAAAAUUCGUAAGUAGAAAAAAUCCUAUCUAAACCACAUCCAAGAUGGCGGAUGGAGCUCCAUUCGUAAGUAGAGUUAUUCGUAAGUAGAGGUACCACUGUACUAGUGCUACUACUAUUAGCACUAAAUUUUAUUUAUGAAACAUUUUAUAUGAAAAAUGCAGCCUGCAUUGAACAGUACUACAAGUACAUACCCUAACUACGUUUUAUGCAUUCGUUUUUUAAAUGACCAUUUUAAUAAUAAGAUCUUUAAAAAUGCAGUUUAUCAAGGUGUGACUCAAUCAGACAUGAUUUGAGGAUUGCUGUCUAUAAAGCUGCAAUUUUCAGCCCGCUUACCUGGGAGCAAACCCGUUUAACUCAACAGGACUUGCUUCUGAGUAAACAUGCAUAGCAUUAGGCUGUAAAUCCCUUAGAUGUCUUUAAUGUGCAGUUUUCAGAUAACCAAAGGAAUGGUUUGUAUUUUGGAGGGAGUUGCAUUUGCAUAAUACCUUUAUCGGUAGUCCAUAAUUGCCAAUAAUUACAUAUAAUUACUCCAUGAAAUUACAUACAGAUUGUUAAUUGGGGACAGAUCGUUAACUGGUGUUAAUCAGCAUAUUCCAGGGAGGUGUAAAGAUUCAUGGCGAUGCAUCAAGGAGAGGGAAAACACGCAUGUGCUGAAUUUGACAACCGUCACUCUCUGGUGCACUGGUGAAAUCCCCCAAAUACCAAAUGUAAGCCUGUGAUUCCACCCUUAACUUCAUAAAAAUUUCUAUAGCAAUUUUAGAGGUUAAUGGUGUCAGUCAAAGAAAGAAGGAAGUAGCCAAGAGUUGGCAACAUGUUGAAUCCUUUAUCUGUCCAAAGAACAGAUUAAGAUGUGCGAGUUGGCAAGUGGAAACAAUUUACUAAUGCCAUGGGUACCUCAACACCAAAUACUAUUGCGUGGACAAAGGCUACAUAUAGUCUUAAUAUUCCAUGAAGCCAGGCUAAACCAACAGCUCAAUUCUGCACAUGCCUCUUGAGAAGUAAGUCUUACUGAGUUUCAACAGGACCUACUACCAGAUAAGCAUAUAGUGCAGCCUACCAAACACAAUAAGACUUCCAAGUAAUGAUGCCACGGUUGGUCAACAAGAUGUAUAAAGCUGCUUAUAUGAAGCCCAAACAGGCUGGCUGGUCAAGUGAAUUCAGAAGGCCAGGGCAGCUACCUUUGACAGGGCAAGUCAGUCCCAGAGUGUGUGCCAGCUGUGUGCCAUUAUCAUUUCCCAACUGAGCUUGUGUCCAAGUCACCUUAUCAGAAAACCACCUAAAUGAGUGUUUCUCUCCCCACUCUAUGUGUGUGUGUGUGUGUGUAUAAAUCCUGCACACAUUAUCCAUCUACACAUACCAUCUUUCCUGCUCCUAUUAGACGCAAUUGGCUGUUGCCAUGAGAUCAAGUCCACAUAAGUCCAUUGAUUAGAAGCAUGGGGAAGACAAUGUGAAUGGAAGAAGAAGCCUUUACACCAUCCUUGCUAUCCUUGUACCUGGCUUCUCCCCUGGUGCUUGAGUGGAUAUUUGCCUGGAGGAUGAACCCGGCCAUAGACAGGUCUAAUGAAUUCCUCCAGGCUUAUGAUAAAUACAGAUAAAUACCUCGGUUUACAAACACAAUUGGUUCUGGAAGUCUGUACUUAACCUGAAGCGAACUUUCCCAUUGAAAAUAAUGGAAAGUGGAUUAAUCCGUUCCAGACGGCCCAUAGAGUACUUAACCUGAAGCGUACUUAACCUGAAGCGAGCUUUCCCAUUGAAAGUAAUGGAAAGUGGAUUAAUCCGUUCCAGACGGGUCUGCGGAGUACUCAACCUGAAGUGUACUUAACCCAAGGUAUGAGUGUAAUUGGUUCCAGAAGUCCGUACUUAACCUGAAGCGAACUUUCCCAUUGAAAGUAAUGGAAAGUGGAUUAAUCCGUUCCAGACGGUCCUUAGAGUACUUAACCUAAAGCGUACUUAACCUGAAGCGAGCUUUCCCAUUGAAAGUAAUGGAAAGUGGAUUAAUUUGUUCCAGAUGGGUCCGUGGAGUACUUAAACUGAAAAUACUCAAACCGAGGCGUACGUAAACCCAGGUAUGACUGUACUACAGAUGAAUCACUGGUGUUAAUGAAUUGGAUCCCAAACAAGUGGAAGCUAAAGCAAACCACACCCACAUUUUGGGGCCAUCUGUACUCUACAGAGAAAACUGAGGGUUGGCUCCUGUUACAAAGGCUGCGAUCAAAGCAAGACGAAAGCAAGGACACCUAGACAUGCUUUUAUUGCAAGAAGUCCAUCAAUGGAAAGGGUUUGCAGAAAAAGAAUUCUAAGGCAGCAGGGGCUUGGAGAGAGCAAUUUAGUGCACUUGGGUCAUCAAAAUGCAGGGAGUUGUGAUAAUCGGAGCUAAGAAAAUGACUGUAUGUCAUAAGAGAAGAAAGUCCCUUGGUGGCAGGCAGGUAUUGUAAUAGGCAGUUUGUAAGGAGAGCCGAUGCAAGUAGAUAAAUAGGAACCGCUACAGCGGGAAGGUAAACGGCGUUUCCAUGUGCUGCUCUGGUUUGCCAGAAGCGGCUUUGUCAUGCUGGCCACAUGACCUGGAAGCUAUACGCCGGCUCCCUCAGCCAAUAAUGUGAGAUGAGCGCACAACCCCAGAGUCGGUCACGACUGGACCUAAUGG